UUGUCUUGGAAACUGAAUUUUCUUCAGUAAGUUUCUGCAGUCAUUCCAGGUCCAGUUUAGUUUUGUAUUUAGAGGCCGCCCAUGCCAUAUCCAACACAUCUUUUACAGAUCCCACCCAACUUCUCUCUUUAGCCUUACUCCAUCUUCUGCAACAAGUAUCACUUCUGACCUCACAAUCCCUCACCUGGGUCUCAGGCCCCACCCCAGAGAUGCUGGUUAUCCACAACUGCCAAUAGCUUUGUCCUAUCUGCCUGGUCUGGGCCUUCUCAGCCUGUGAGAUCCAUCUGCCCCUCCAGUCUCUUAACCCUACAGGCCCACUUGCCCUUACCCCCAAGGUGCUCUAGAACACCCUUUUUCCACAAAACUCACAGGGUGCUUUCUGAAGAGCGAGAUGAUCUUGAGACCAUGUUUAUCGUCAUCAAAUAUGGAGAUAACCAGCAGUUUCUGGUUAAUACCAAUUGCUCUGUCCUCCUAUUGAUGCAUUAUAUUCGCUCUAAAGUGGGCUUGCAUAAACGAGACAUCAUCGAUUUGUGUGAUGAAUCGGGGACACUGAAGAUGUUUUUCAUGACGAAGAUCCAUGGAGAAUAUGCCAGCAAAUUCCUUACAGCUCGAAACACCUACUACGUUUGUAAGGUGGAGCGUGGGGCACCAGGAACCAGAAUUGAGAAUUCCUACAGAGCUAUUGUGCCCCUCCUGAAGAAUCCAGAACCGGAACUGGUUGAUGUCCUACGAACACAAUGUGAUAUCUUAGAGAGGAACCGAGUGAAGAUGCUUAAAAUCCUAGAAGCCAAGAAGGUUGCUGCAAUUGAAUCCACUGUGAACCUUCCAGUAAGAGCGCUCAAAUGUGGCUUGUCCUCUUUCCACCAGCAAACUGGAUAUUCCCCACUUCUGCCUAAGGAAUUGAAUUUCCUUUUCGAAUGCAUGCCUUCUUUUGUCCUUCAUUACUUUCCCCACAGGACCUCUUUGUUUAUCUUACUUUUCCUUUCUAGUCCAAAUCUGGAAAACUGGAAGAACAUGCACCCGCUCCCUCUCCUCGAAAGGGCCAGCACUAUAAGACCAGAGUAGAUUUUCACGGUCGGAGGGAUAGACAUCGAUAACUCAAUAAAGUGACCAAGUGAGAACAGAUUCUGGGUAUGAGAUUCCUGGAAUUUAAUGUGUUCCUUUUUCUUUUUUUCUUUGGGUAUUGGGGUUUGAGCUCUACCACUGAGCUACAUCCCCAACUCUUUUUGAGACAAGGUCUUGCUAAAUUGCUCAGGGGCUGGAAUUUGUGAUCCUCUUGCCUCAGCCUCUCAAGUAGCUGAGGUUACAGGCGGGCACCAUCGAGCCUGACUCUUGGAAGUUCCUUUUCUGAGAAAGACUCCUCACUAUCUGCAUUAAGUUUAAGUAUGCCUCAGGCACUGGUGAGACUCAAGGGUAGAUGGAGUGGAAGGAGAGGGAUAGUGAGCACAAGGGUUAGGGUGGGGAGAAAGACUUUAAAGUCUAGUAGAGUCUUUGAGGGAUGAAGAAGCAGGUACAGUCUUCUCACACUAGCCUACCUCACUUUAGGAGGCCUCCUCUCUACUGAGGCUAGGGAUAGGUGUCUUUCCCUACACUC